GGGUGGCUGCGAGCUGCCGGCGGCGAGAGACCAUAGACGGGCAUGGGCCUGGCGUCCCACCACCCCUAGCGACCCUCAAGCCUCGCCCUUCUGCUCCGACUCGCCGGACCGACGCGAUGGCCUCGGAAGUGGUGUGCGGGCUCAUCUUCAGGCUGCUGCUGCCCAUCUGCCUGGCAGUAGCAUGUGCAUUCCGAUACAAUGGGCUCUCCUUUGUCUACCUUAUCUACCUCUUGCUCAUUCCUCUGUUCUCAGAACCAACAAAAACGACAAUGCAAGGACAUACAGGACGGUUAUUGAAGUCUCUGUGCUUCAUCAGUCUUUCCUUCCUGUUGCUGCACAUUAUUUUCCACAUCACAUUGGCGAGCCUUGAAGCUCAACAUCGUAUUGCACCUGGCUACAACUGCUCAACAUGGGAAAAGACAUUCCGGCAGAUCGGCUUUGAAAGCUUAAAGGGAGCUGAUGCUGGCAAUGGGAUCAGAGUGUUUGUACCUGACAUCGGGAUGUUCGUUGCUAGUCUGACCAUCUGGCUUCUCUGUAGAAACAUUGUUCAGAAACCUGUGACAGACGAAGCAGCACAGAGUAACCUGGAGUUUGAAAAUGAAGAAUUGGCUGGAGGAGAAAAAAUUGAUUCAGAAGAGGCACUGAUCUACGAAGAGGAUUUAGACGGAGGAGAUGGUGUUGAAGGCGAGUUGGAAGAAAGCACGAGGUUAAAAAUGUUCCGCAGGCUUGCCUGCGUGGCCUCUAAGCUCAAAGAGUUCAUUGGCAACAUGAUCACCACUGCUGGGAAAGUGGUUGUUACCAUCUUACUGGGCUCCUCGGGUAUGAUGUUGCCGUCUUUGACAUCAUCUGUGUAUUUUUUUGUAUUUUUGGGUCUGUGCACCUGGUGGUCCUGGUGCCGGACGUUCGACCCAUUGCUGUUCAGCUGCCUCUGUGUUCUGCUGGCUAUUUUCACUGCUGGACAUUUGAUUGGACUUUAUUUAUACCAGUUCCAAUUCUUUCAAGAAGCAGUUCCACCCAGUGACUAUUACGCAAGGUUGUUUGGUAUCAAGUCAGUAAUUCAAACGGACUGUUCCAGUACUUGGAAGAUCAUAGUAAACCCGGACCUGUCAUGGUACCACCACGCCAACCCUAUCCUCCUGCUGGUGAUGUACUACACUCUGGCCACUCUGAUCCGCAUCUGGCUGCAAGAGCCCCUUGUGCAGGAGGAGAGGACAAAAGAAGAGGACAAAGCCCUGGCUUGUAGCCCCAUCCAAAUAACGGCGGAGAGGAGGCGGAGCCUGUGGUACGCAACCCAUUACCCCACCGAUGAGAGAAAACUUUUAUCCAUGACCCAGGAUGACUACAAACCUUCUGAUGGCCUGCUGGUGACUGUGAACGGCAACCCCGUGGAUUACCACACCAUCCACCCCAGCCUGCCCAUGGAGAACGGCCCCGGCAAAGCCGACCUCUACUCCACCCCGCAGUACCGGUGGGAGCCCUCUGAUGAAUCCUCAGAAAAGCGAGAGGAGGAAGAGGAAGAGAAAGAAGAAUUUGAAGAAGAAAGGAGCCAUGAGGAAAAAAGAAGUAUCAAAGUUCAUGCCAUGGUCUCCGUAUUCCAAUUUAUUAUGAAACAAAGUUACAUCUGUGCCCUCAUAGCUAUGAUGGCCUGGAGCAUCACCUAUCACAGCUGGCUGACCUUCGUGCUGCUGAUCUGGUCGUGCACUCUUUGGAUGAUUCGCAACAGAAGAAAAUAUGCCAUGAUCAGCUCUCCCUUCAUGGUGGUUUAUGGAAACCUAUUGUUGAUAUUACAGUAUAUAUGGAGUUUUGAACUUCCUGAAAUUAAAAAGGUUCCAGGAUUUUUAGAAAAGAAAGAGCCAGGAGAACUCGCUUCCAAAAUCCUUUUCACCAUUACGUUUUGGCUACUGCUGAGGCAGCACCUCACAGAGCAAAAAGCUCUGCGAGAAAAGGAAGCUCUUUUAUCGGAAGUCAAAAUUGGCAGUCAGGAAAAUGAAGAAAAAGAUGAGGAACUUCAAGAUAUACAAGUGGAAGGAGAGCCCAAAGAGAAGGAGGAAGAAGAGGAAGCGAAGGAAGAGAAGCAAGAGAGAAAGAAGGUAGAGGAAGAAGAAGUUGAAGAAGAAGAUGAGCAGGACAUCAUGAAAGUCCUGGGCAAUCUGGUGGUGGCCAUGUUCAUCAAGUACUGGAUCUACGUCUGCGGAGGCAUGUUCUUCUUCGUCAGCUUCGAGGGUAAAAUCGUAAUGUACAAAAUCAUCUACAUGGUGCUGUUCCUGUUCUGUGUGGCCCUGUAUCAGGUGCACUAUGAAUGGUGGAGGAAAAUUCUAAAAUAUUUUUGGAUGUCAGUGGUUAUUUACACUAUGCUGGUGCUUAUCUUUAUAUACACAUAUCAGUUUGAAAACUUCCCAGGCCUGUGGCAAAAUAUGACUGGAUUGAAAAAAGAAAAGCUUGAGGAUCUUGGCUUAAAGCAGUUUACUGUGGCUGAACUAUUCACUCGCAUAUUCAUCCCAACCUCCUUUCUGCUGGUGUGCAUUUUACACCUGCACUAUUUCCAUGACCGGUUCCUUGAACUCACGGACCUCAAGUCCAUUCCCAGCAAAGAAGACAACACCAUCUACAGACUGGCCCACCCGGAAGGAAGCCUCCCGGACCUCACCAUGAUGCACCUGACCGCCAAGCGGGAGAAGCCGGAGGUGAGGAAGUUGGCUGAGCCUGGGGAGGAGAAGCCCGAGGGCUACUCUGAAAAAGCCCAAAAGGGUGAUCUUGGGAAAGACAGCGAGGAGUCAGAGGAGGACGGAGAGGAAGAGGAGGAAUCCGAGGAGGAGGAAGAAACAUCAGAUUUAAGGAACAAAUGGCACCUGGUGAUUGACCGCCUCACUGUGCUCUUCUUAAAAUUCCUGGAGUAUUUCCACAAGCUGCAGGUGUUCAUGUGGUGGAUUUUGGAGUUGCACAUCAUCAAAAUCGUUUCCUCCUACAUUAUCUGGGUUUCCGUGAAAGAGGUGUCUCUGUUCAACUAUGUAUUUUUGAUUUCUUGGGCUUUUGCUCUGCCGUACGCCAAGCUGCGCCGUCUGGCUUCAAGUGUCUGCACGGUCUGGACGUGUGUGAUCAUCGUCUGCAAAAUGUUGUACCAGCUCCAAACCAUUAAGCCUGAGAACUUCUCUGUUAACUGUUCCUUGCCAAAUGAAAAUCAAACAAACAUCCCCCUUAAUGAGUUGAACAAGUCUCUGCUCUACAGUGCUCCUGUCGAUCCUACAGAGUGGGUCGGCCUGCGGAAGUCUUCGCCUCUGCUCGUCUACCUAAGGAAUAACCUCCUGAUGCUGGCUAUCCUGGCCUUUGAAGUCACCAUUUACCGCCAUCAGGAAUACUAUCGAGGUCGAAACAACCUGACGGCCCCUGUGUCUAAAACUAUCUUUCAUGACAUUACAAGACUACAUCUAGAUGAUGGACUUAUUAAUUGUGCCAAAUAUUUCAUAAAUUACUUCUUCUACAAAUUCGGUCUGGAGACCUGUUUCCUAAUGUCAGUUAACGUGAUUGGCCAGCGAAUGGAUUUCUAUGCCAUGAUCCACGCCUGCUGGCUGAUCGCUGUCUUAUAUAGACGCAGAAGGAAAGCCAUCGCGGAGAUCUGGCCCAAGUACUGCUGCUUCCUGGCAUGCAUCAUCACCUUCCAGUAUUUCAUCUGCAUCGGCAUCCCACCUGCUCCUUGCCGAGAUUACCCGUGGAGAUUCAAGGGUGCCAGCUUCAAUGACAACAUCAUAAAGUGGCUGUACUUCCCCGAUUUCAUUGUGCGGCCCAACCCCGUGUUUCUUGUCUAUGACUUCAUGCUGCUUCUGUGCGCCUCCUUACAACGGCAGAUUUUUGAGGAUGAGAACAAGGCUGCAGUGCGAAUCAUGGCAGGUGACAAUGUCGAGAUCUGCAUGAACCUUGAUGCGGCCUCCUUUAGCCAACACAACCCUGUGCCAGAUUUUAUUCACUGCAGAUCUUACUUAGACAUGUCCAAAGUGAUCGUCUUCAGCUACCUCUUCUGGUUCGUGCUCACCAUCAUCUUCAUCACUGGGACCACCAGGAUCAGCAUCUUUUGCAUGGGGUACCUAGUGGCCUGUUUCUACUUCCUGCUCUUUGGGGGCGAUUUGCUGUUGAAACCCAUCAAGAGCAUCCUGCGCUACUGGGACUGGCUGAUCGCAUACAACGUUUUUGUGAUUACGAUGAAAAAUAUCCUGUCAAUAGGAGCAUGUGGAUACAUUGGAACACUGGUGCACAAUAGUUGUUGGUUGAUCCAAGCUUUCAGCCUGGCCUGCACAGUCAAAGGCUAUCAAAUGCCUGCUGCUAAUUCACCCUGUACACUACCCAGUGGGGAAGCAGGAAUCAUCUGGGACAGCAUAUGUUUUGCCUUCCUCCUGCUGCAAAGAAGAGUUUUCAUGAGUUAUUAUUUCCUACAUGUUGUGGCUGAUAUAAAAGCUUCCCAGAUUCUGGCAUCAAGAGGAGCUGAACUUUUCCAGGCCACAAUUGUAAAAGCUGUGAAGGCAAGAAUUGAGGAAGAGAAGAAGUCCAUGGACCAGCUGAAGCGACAGAUGGAUCGCAUCAAGGCCAGGCAACAGAAAUAUAAAAAGGGUAAGGAGAGGAUGCUCAGCUUGACCCAGGAGCCAGGGGAAGGCCAGGAUAUGCAAAAACUCUCUGAAGAGGAUGAUGAAAGAGAAGCAGACAAACAGAAAGCCAAGGGCAAAAAAAAGCAGUGGUGGCGGCCUUGGGUUGAUCAUGCUUCCAUGGUCAGGAGUGGAGAUUAUUAUUUGUUUGAAACGGAUAGUGAAGAGGAGGAAGAGGAAGAAUUAAAGAAGGAAGAUGAAGAGCCUCCACGAAGGUCAGCAUUCCAGUUUGUUUAUCAAGCCUGGAUUACUGAUCCUAAAACAGCACUCCGACAGAGACACAAAGAGAAAAAAAGGUCUGCAAGAGAAGAACGGAAACGAAGGCGGAAAGGAUCCAAGGAGGGUCCCGUGGAAUGGGAAGAUCGGGAGGAUGAACCAAUCAAAAAGAAAUCUGAUGGACCAGACAAUAUCAUCAAGAGGAUAUUUAAUAUUUUGAAAUUUACCUGGGUCCUAUUUCUGGCAACAGUGGACAGUUUCACCACUUGGCUUAACUCCAUUUCAAGGGAGCAUAUUGAUAUAUCUACAGUUCUGAGAAUUGAGCGAUGCAUGCUGACCAGAGAAAUUAAGAAGGGCAACGUUCCGACUCGGGAGAGCAUCCACAUGUACUAUCAGAACCACAUCAUGAACCUUUCCAGAGAGUCGGGACUGGACACCAUUGACGAGCGACCCGGAGCUGCUUCAGGUGCACAGACAGCCCACAGGAUGGAUAGUUUAGAUUCACAUGACAGUAUCUCCAGCGAGCCCACGCAGUGCACCAUGCUGUACUCACGCCAGGGGACCACUGAGACCAUUGAGGAGGUGGAGGCUGAGCAGGAGGAAGAGGCAGGGAGCACGGUGCCUGAGCCCAGGGAGGCCAAGGAGUACGAGGCCACCGGGUACGAUGUGGGAGCCAUGGGUGCUGAGGAGGCCAGCCUCACCCCAGAGGAAGAGCUGACACAGUUCUCCACCUUGGACGGGGACGUGGAGGCCCCACCCUCCUACAGCAAGGCUGUGAGCUUCGAGCAUCUGUCCUUCGGCUCGCAGGACGACUCCGCAGGCAAGAACCACAUGGCCGUCAGCCCGGACGACAGCCGCACCGACAAGCUGGGGUCCAGCAUCUUACCUCCCCUGACGCAUGAGCUGACGGCCAGCGAGCUGCUGCUGAACAAGAUGUUUCACGAUGAUGAGCUUGAAGAGUCUGAAAAAUUCUACGUGGGGCAGCCCCGAUUUCUGCUGCUCUUCUAUGCCAUGUAUAAUACCCUGGUGGCCCGCUCAGAGAUGGUGUGCUACUUCGUGAUCAUCCUCAACCACAUGGUCUCUGCCUCCAUGAUCACGCUCCUGCUUCCCAUCCUCAUCUUCCUCUGGGCCAUGCUGUCCGUCCCCAGGCCCAGCCGCCGAUUCUGGAUGAUGGCCAUUGUCUAUACCGAGGUGGCAAUUGUAGUCAAGUAUUUCUUCCAGUUUGGGUUCUUUCCCUGGAAUAAGAACGCGGAGGUGAACAAAGAUAAACCGUUCCACCCCCCAAACAUCAUAGGAGUGGAGAAGAAGGAAGGUUAUGUCCUUUAUGACCUCAUCCAGCUCCUGGCUCUGUUCUUUCAUCGAUCGAUUUUGAAGUGCCACGGCUUGUGGGAUGAAGAUGACAUGACUGAAAGUGGCAUGGACAAGGAGGAAUCAGAUGAUGAGCUCUCCCUCGGUCAUGGCAGGAGGGACUCCUCGGAUUCUCUCAAGUCCAUCAACCUGGCCGCAUCCGUGGAGUCAGUGCAUGUGACCUUCCCGGAGCAGCAGACAGCUGUCCGGAGGAAGCGCUCCAGCAGCAACUCCGAGCCAUCCCAGAGAUCCAGCUUUUCUUCAAACAGAUCCCAAAGAGGCAGCACAAGCACCCGAAACAGCAGUCAGAAAGGAAGCAGCGUUUUGAGUAUUAAGCAAAAAAGCAAAAGGGAACUUUAUAUGGAAAAGCUUCAAGAACAUUUAAUCAAAGCAAAGGCCUUUACCAUAAAGAAGACGCUGCAGAUCUACGUGCCCAUCAAACAGUUCUUUUACAACCUCAUCCACCCGGACUAUAGCGCCGUGACUGACGUGUAUGUGCUCAUGUUCCUGGCUGACACUGUGGACUUCAUCAUCAUUGUCUUCGGCUUUUGGGCCUUUGGGAAACACUCAGCAGCUGCAGACAUCACCUCUUCACUGUCGGAGGACCAGGUCCCAGGGCCGUUUUUGGUGAUGGUCCUCAUUCAGUUUGGAACCAUGGUGGUGGACCGAGCCCUCUACCUCAGGAAGACUGUACUGGGAAAGGUCAUCUUCCAGGUCAUUCUUGUGUUCGGAAUUCACUUCUGGAUGUUCUUCAUCUUACCCGGUGUGACUGAGAGGAAAUUCAGCCAGAACCUGGUUGCCCAGCUUUGGUACUUCGUGAAGUGCGUUUACUUCGGGUUGUCUGCUUACCAGAUCCGCUGCGGCUACCCAACGCGAGUCCUGGGGAACUUCCUCACCAAGAGCUACAAUUACGUCAACCUCUUCUUAUUCCAAGGCUUUCGCCUCGUGCCCUUUUUGACUGAGCUGAGGGCAGUGAUGGACUGGGUGUGGACAGACACAACCUUGAGCCUGUCCAGCUGGAUCUGUGUGGAGGACAUCUAUGCCCACAUAUUCAUCCUGAAGUGUUGGCGGGAGUCGGAGAAGAGAUAUCCUCAGCCGCGGGGCCAGAAGAAGAAGAAAGUGGUGAAGUAUGGCAUGGGAGGAAUGAUCAUCGUCCUGCUCAUCUGCAUCGUCUGGUUUCCUCUUCUCUUCAUGUCUUUGAUCAAAUCUGUGGCUGGGGUCAUCAACCAGCCCCUGGACGUCUCCGUCACAAUUACCCUGGGAGGGUAUCAGCCUAUUUUCACAAUGAGUGCCCAACAAAGCCAGUUAAAAGUUAUGGACCAGCAGAACUUUAAUAAAUUUAUACAAGCUUUUUCUAGGGACACCGGUGCUAUGCAAUUUCUGGAAAAUUAUGAAAAAGAAGACAUAACAGUAGCAGAACUGGAAGGAAACUCAAAUUCUUUGUGGACCAUCAGCCCACCCAGUAAGCAGAAAAUGAUACACGAACUCCUGGACCCCAAUAGUAGCUUCUCUGUUGUUUUUUCAUGGAGUAUUCAGAGAAACUUAAGUCUGGGUGCAAAAUCGGAAAUAGCAACAGAUAAGCUUUCUUUUCCUCUUAAAAAUAUUACUCGAAAGAAUAUCGCUAAAAUGAUAGCGGGCAACAGCACAGAAAGUUCAAAAACACCAGUGACCAUAGAAAAGAUUUAUCCAUAUUAUGUGAAAGCACCUAGUGAUUCUAACUCAAAACCUAUAAAGCAACUUUUAUCUGAAAAUAAUUUCAUGGAUAUAACCAUCAUUUUGUCCAGAGACAAUACAACUAAAUUUAACAGUGAGUGGUGGGUUCUCAACCUGACUGGAAACAGAAUAUACAAUCCGAACUCUCAGGCCCUGGAACUGGUGGUCUUCAAUGACAAAGUCAGUCCCCCAAGUCUGGGGUUCCUGGCUGGUUAUGGUAUUAUGGGAUUAUAUGCUUCCGUUGUGCUUGUGAUUGGGAAAUUUGUCCGAGAAUUCUUCAGUGGGAUUUCUCACUCCAUCAUGUUUGAAGAGCUUCCAAAUGUGGAUCGAAUUUUGAAGUUGUGCACAGAUAUUUUUUUAGUUCGAGAGACAGGAGAACUGGAACUAGAAGAAGAUCUCUAUGCCAAAUUAAUAUUCCUGUAUCGCUCACCAGAGACAAUGAUCAAAUGGACUAGAGAAAAAACAAAUUGAAACCUUAGAACACAGACUGCAAAUAAUGUUAACAUUUGAAUUUUUUUUAAAAGCACAAUAUUCUCAUAAGAGCUAAGCAUUUCUAGUUCAAUGGAAAUGAUUUGUUUCUCUUCUGACAGGUAGACAAAAGGAGCUGACAUCCUUUUGCAGUAAAAGCUACCUUGCAAGUUAAGGCACUGUUGAAAAUGUUAUUUGUAACUCCAUUUCUCUGAAAUCAGGGCUACUUGCUUUAUGUUUUAGUCAACAGUGUCUUGCAUUCUGAUUGACCAUGUGAAGGAAUCAUGUAUGGGCCCCGUCCCUAAGAGAAACAGAAGAGGAGUCAGAAGGAGAGAUGCCUGUGUUUUCCUCUGUGGGCCCGUGCCCUUCCUGGAGAGAUGCUACAAUGCAAUAUACAGCGCUCCAUCCCCACUGGGGAAGCUGCUGUGAUGAGACUAGAUGAGCCUUCAACACACUCAGAAUAUGCAACAGCAAUAGGGAGCAGACAGCUCCUACCUGUGUUUCUAGGGGCAAAAGAGAGGGAACUAAUUGGCCAUGAAGAUGCCAGUGGAAGGAUCAGCCUCAUUCUAAGCAAAAACAUAACAUUAGUGAUACUCUUACUGCCUUAUCUUAACCGAGGACUGAUAAGAUACCUUUCCAUUAAACACCAGUGACUUCUCAGGAAAAAAAAAAAAAAAAAAGCAGCAAAACAAAUGGUGUGGACACCUGCUUUGUUGUGGUCCAGCAGUGACCGGCUUCAAUGAGGGGAACCAUUCUGGAGGGCUGCGGUCUCCUGUGCAAACCGACGUGAGGCAGAAGAGUAAAAAGGCCAGCCCAGUGGGACCUGGAAUACUUUGUAACUCUUUAAUAACUGAGGUCAGGACCGCUCUUCUGCCUUCCCUGUCCCUCAAUGUGCUUUUUCCCAUUUCCAUGAUUUAAGGCAAUGGUUUUUCCAGUAUGUGACAUUUUCCUUCCUGUUUUUCAGGUAUAUCAAAGAGUUUACAUAUUCCAAUUCACAUUUUUACAUCUGAGACGGGUUUUUUAAGUUCAUAAUUAUGAAAGAAAUAUGUAUAUUGAGCUUGGGGAAAUAAAAAUGGCCUUUUCUUAAAUUAUUAUUAUUGGUAAUACAACCUCUUCAUUAAAUAACAAUGUAGCAUGAAAAAAUUUAUGAUUGAAAUGUAAUUUUCAUUCCAUAUUAAGAUACAGUUUCUGAGAAGAAUCAUUGAAUGGACUAGAAUAUGUCAAAAAUUGAUCCUGUGUAGUUUGGGUUCAGGGCUGACUUAAAAUAAAGCACAUCCUGCAAAGUCA